AUGUUUCCAACCUAUAUUAUCGUAAGCACGAAGCACGUCAAGUACGUUACGCGGUUUGGAGAUACAACUGACAUAUAUUUUGGUUUUUUAAGAAAUUUUACGUCUCUCUCAUAUUGAUGAAGUAACUGCCUGAAACACACAAUAGCAUUUCUGGUUAUUAAGUAUCAAAUAUUACAAAGAAGUUUAUGGUAUAUAUAAACGCGAAUACUUAACAAUGACAAACAGCUGGCAAGACAUAAAUGGGCCAGUAAACUCAAUGGAUCUGGAACAUAACGAGUUCUUGAAACGCAUAAGAAAAUCAUUGUACUAUUCUAAAUUACCAAAAAUUAACUGCCUAAGUUUACCAGUUACUGAAUUGGCAGCUGAGUUUUUUACAGAAGCAAAGAGUAGUCAUACAUUAGAUAAACUCGAUGUGGAGGAAGCAAGCAGAAUAUCUAGAAAUGCGUGUGUUUCUCCUUGCUCGCUUGUAUUAGCUCUGCUGUAUAUUGAAAGAUUAAAGAACUGUAAUCCAGAAUAUCUUCAACAAGUAGCACCAUCUGAGUUAUUCUUAGUCUCUUUGAUGGUAGCCAGUAAAUUUCUGCACGAUGAUGGCGAGGAGGACGAAGUUUUCAACAAAGAAUGGGCAAAUUCAGGACAAGUUACUAUAUCUCGGAUGAAUAAAUUGGAAAAAGAUUUUCUUGCUGCAAUUAACUGGACGGUAUUAGUACAGCAACAAGACUUUUGGGAAAAAUUGCAACAACUAGAGAAAGAUGUAGCGAAUCGGGAAGUACAAAAGCGUGGAUGGUGUUCGUAUACAGAGUUGAAUUGUCUGCUAAAUUCUGUUCAACUGAUUGCAUUCGCGCAAACCCUGAUAAACGUCUCCUCGAUCUGCUUAGCAACCUAUACCGUUGGUUUGGUAACUCUCGUAGGAUCCACUCUGAUUGCCCAUUUCGUUGUACAAAGUUGUUUACCUGGAGCUUCGCUAAGUCCAGGACAAUCUGCGAAUCUGCAAACGAAUUUCAUGUCAACCGAUUUAAUUGAUGUAUCGAUGAAUACACGAUCUCAGAAAAUCAACAAUAAUCUUUCGAUAUCCGGCUCAUUAAUCCGGGACGAGAAUGUUGAUUAUUCUGCCGAGACCGACGAUGAUGAUAACGACAUAGCUGGCUGGCAGUGGUGGCUCAAUUCCAUGAUGACUUGGCUGCCCGAGUACUGCAUCUUGGAGAACGAUAUCGAGUUCACAAAUUCCACUAGGAGAUUGCACAUUACUAACGACAAAUUCUUUAAUUCGACGCAAGCUAUAAAGAUAAGGAAGAUGGAAAAGAUAGAUAAGAUGAAGGAUUUUGCACCAGAAGACUAUCGCCGCAAUGUGAAUUGGAAGGAAGCAUUAGGAAACAUUAUAGUCUCAAUCAGGCUGAUAGUUGGAAACGGUCGGGCCAAUUAUAUUAUGAAAGUCGUUCAUUCAUCGAUAUCUUUAAAUAUUUACUAUUAGCUUUCUGAUAACGCUUUGCCUAAACAAUCUCUUUCACAUAUAGACAUAUAUCUGUAUUUUUUGUACUAACUUUUUGUAACAUAACGUUCGAUACUAACGUGUUUUUCCAAAUAAAUAUCCGAUAUUGCAUACU